AUGAGUGACGUUUCAGCUGAAGAGAAGAGACGUCUUCUACGCGAACGCAGGCUCGCCAAAAUGCAGCAAGGAAAAGCCACCGAACGGUUGAACACCAUCUUAAACCAAGGUUCCUCUACGGGCCACGCAAACGUGACAUCUAUCUUGGAGAAACCGGACGCUCAGACGCCAAACGAAGUCAAAGAGUUCCGCACCGAAACCCCCUUGCACGAUGAUCCGGAAGUGCCCGACAUCUCCCUGCUUUUACAACAAGACACUACCGAAGUUGAUCCUGACCAGGAUAUGGAGGCUAUCUUGAACAAGAUUCUUGGAGGAGGUGCCGCUGCCGGAAAGCAGAGCGGUGAAGGCAAUGCUGAGGGAGGAGCAUCCAAUCCAUUUGCUGAUAUGAUGAAGGCUAUGAUGGACUCCCUGGAGGGUCAACAGCAGGGCCAGUUCGAUGCAGAAGAAAACUCAUAUCGUAGCGAACUCACGAAAUACCAUGCAUACGAGCAAAAAAAAUGGAAAGCGCGGUUUCUUGUGGUGCGUUUGGUCGUGCACUUCUGCAAUUUCUACUACCAUUUCACCAACUAUGCUUCGUUCAGGGCAAACCUGGCUGGCCGUCUUCUGAGUUUGUUUGGCGAAAGCACCAAUUUUUUUACUAUCUUCGUGACCAUUGAGUUGGCCGUGAUCUCCAGCUAUUUUGCAAUCUUGUCACAGAAGGGCUUGCUACAGGCGUUCUCACGAAACCAUUUCCUCUCGAAACUCCAAUCCAUGGCCUCAACAUUUGUGCCACAAGUCGCUAAAUAUCGCCUGGUGGUCGACACCGCGCUUGUUUACUGGGGAGGUGUAAGCAUUUUCAUCGAGGACUUAAUGUUUGUGGUUUUCCUCUUGGGAUUGACCAGCUUAAUCAAUUAA